AUGAGUAAAGGUUGGAGGAAACUAUUCGUUUCUAGAGGCGAUGGGACUAAGAAUUCUUUGAAGAAGACGUUGAAAGUACCAGAGGUACGAAGUCCCUUAUUAACGAAUUUCCAUCGAUGGGCAGGGAAAGAGCGGGUCUUGAAACUUACUGACAAGGAGCAGGUCACUGAAGCGGUUGGAAAUAGUUCAUGGGACCUUAGUAAGAACCUUUUUGCUAAUUUACUGGCCUCACCAAUGAGAAGUGACAAGGCAUCGCGAUUCAAGUUCCCCAGAGAUUUAUUGAUUCAAAUGAAACUGGUGCAAACUGGUAAUGAGAAUCCGGGGAAGUUAGCAACAUUGAUGCCACUGAUAAAUAUGAAGAGCGGUAAAAGCAGUUCAUACGUAGCGAACAGUUUGAAGAUAUUUAAAGGGAAGAAACCUGGUUUAGGUCAAUUAGUUCCAACUGCAGUCAAUGAUUCGGGGAUUGCUAACAUAUCGUUGUCAGACAUUGUGCUAGACAAGAGUCUAUUCACGGAAAAGCAUCAGGAGGAGCUACUACAGUGCAUUGAGAAUUGCAUGACACAAUUAGUUGACCGGCGAAAGUCUUCUGUUCCAGUCGUAGUUGAAGAUUGGGAUGUAGUAUUGACAUACGAUCACAAUAAUGACAACGAUAUAGAGCUUGUACGGCUUAAGCAGUUACCCAAAGAUCCCACUGUAAUAAUCUUGAAUUUAAAGGUAGUAGAAAAUGAUUCGAUAAGGGCUUUGAUUAAUGAUAAAUUGAAGAAUCAUGAAGUUGGUGUCGUUUUGAAGUUCUUGAAAGAUGAACGUCUGAUACGAUUAGUGUAUAGUCUACUUAAUUUCUCUAAAUAG